AUGGAGGCCGGUCCUCUGACGCCCCCCGAGCCCGGGCUCUUCCCGCCGGGCCACGCCGGUCCUCCCGGCACCGGACCGGGCCGGGGGGGCCCCCGGUCGGUGGAGGGCCGGGGACUUUGCCCGAAAGGCCACGAGUGGAAAAAUGAAGUCAGGAGCCCCGGCCGGCCGCGGAGCGGGGCGCACCUGGAGGCCCCGACCGAGACCGACCGCCUCGGACCCCCGGCGGGGGGCGCGGCCGAGACCCGCCGGGCCGCGGGGGAGGGGGCCCGGGGGCUCCCCGCUUCCCGGCCGGGACCCACGGCUCCAGAGGGCCCGGGCGGACGGCCGACCUCCGGCCGCCCGGGGCCGGGGCGCGGGAAUGCGAUCCCCGACGGUCCCGGGGGCCGGGAGCGCGGGAGAUCCGGGGUCCACCGGUCCCCCGCCGGACGAACCGUUCCCGGCGGGGUCUGUCCCGCUCCGGGCCCGGCUCCCCCAGAGUCCCGUGGGAGGGUGACACCCCCUCCCCGCCCCCCCCCCCCCCGGCUCGGUGGUCGGGCCGCCGAGAGGAGGCCCGCGCCUCGGGUUUUCGGCCCCGGCCCGACGCGAGAGCCCCCGGCUAACCCGGGCCUACCCUUGCCCUCCCGGCGCGGGCCCCGGUCCGUCCCACCUUCCCGCCGGAGAACGCCGCCGCUCCCCCGGCCGCCCUCCCCGGGCCCCCCCGCGGCCGCACGACGACCCGCCCGCCUCCCGGCCUCGCAACCCGGCGAGCCGGACGCCGGUCCGAGGCGGCGGAGCGGCGGCCCCCGCUCUGGCCGGCCGCGGGCCGGGGGGAGGGGUCGGCGCUCGCGGAACUUCCAGGAGCGACGCAGGUUUCAGGAGGGACGCGGACAGCCGGAGAAGCGGGGCGCCCCGGCCCCGGAGGCCGCAACCGGCAGGGGUGCGGGGCGGGGGAGGGCCCACACCCAAGGGACCCCACCCCCCGCCCCCCGCCCCGCGACGACGCCGCACGCCCCGGCCUCCCGGCCGGGGGCCGCCUCGGAGCGGACCGCCGCCCCGGGUGCUCGGGGCGGCCGGACCGAGGACGAGAGGUAG